AUGCGCGAUGCCCUAGAUGAGCAUGCAGAGCUUAUAGACGACAUUACCUACAAUGCUGAUAAACAGAAUACAGCUAUGGACAAAGUUAUGGCCAGAGUCGCCUUUGUCCUGAACAGCAACAGUACGCGCGCGCACCAGACUGACGAAAGUGCACCAGACUGA